CCCCGCCCUUUUUUACGUCCGCUUUUGUGCGCGUGAAACUUUUCUGCGUUCAACAGCAAAAGCAGCAGAUGUUCGAUACAGUAGCUCCUUGCAUCUAGGUCACGCGUCCCAUCUUUCCUCCAGCUUGCCCGAAAAUGACCUCCGACCCCGCGGACCCGUACAUCUUCACGUCUGACUCUCUCCCGCCCGACCCUCGCUUCAUGCCGCCGCUGACCAACGGCCUGCUGGGAUGGAGAGCAUUCGAUCCUGUCAUGCACGUGGGCGGGGUUUAUAACGGUGAAGGCGGGGCUUGUCACCGUGGCAACAUUCCUUGCCCGCUGGCAGUUAAAAUGCUGACCGCAGAAGCGGGGCAACACACGUACGAGUUAGACAUGCACACAGGUGUUUUCUCUCACACCGUGGUCACAGCUGGUUUUGAGGCCGCUCAGGUUUUGUACGCUCACCGGCAGCAGACAAACCUCCUGGUCAUGGAGGUCCUCCUCAAACGCUCGGAGACCGGCGCCGGACCCAUCUCUGUUCAGCUAGAAAGUUCUUUCCAACCCCAAAGUGAUGACAUUGUCUUCCAGAACGCACCGGACUACAAGAGCGGGAGGCAUAUUUUUGGACAGACUGUCUCUGCAGAGGUUUCUGGAGGAAUCCGUCCAUUUGUGCACCUGAUCUGGACGCCCAUCACACCCACCCUGACCCUCGCACCCGACCAGAGCCGGUCCAGCUGGGUUUUCCUGGUUGCCGUUGCCGGUAGCGACGAGAGCGCCCGGUCGUCUUACGAGACUGGUUUGGGGCUCGUUGAUGCUGGCGACCUACGACCCUCGCACCUGAGAAGCUGGGCAGAGCUCUGGAAGGGGAGCAGCGUAGAAGUGGAGGGAGCAGAAACCCUGAACCGAGCUCUGAUUGGCUGCAUGUUUUAUCUCCUCAGUUCAUUCUCGUCUUUAAGCGAGGAGGCGAACGCACCGUUCGUGUUCGGAGGAGUCAGUCCUGGGGGUUUGUCAAACGGAGGUAAAGAUGAGGAUUACCAUGGCCAUGUGUUCUGGGAUCAGGACUUAUGGAUGUACCCGAGCGUGGCCCUCUUCUAUCCCCGACUGGCCCGGGCCGUGCUGGAGUACCGUGUAGAAACGAGAGAAGGCGCCCGAGCAAACGCCCAGCGAACGGGCCACCAGGGGCUGAAGUUCGCGUGGGAGAGCGCUCUGACGGGCCGCGACGUUUGUCCAGAGGACAUUUACGCGGAGCAGGAGCUGCACAUCAACGGAGACGUGGUGCUGGCUUUCCAGCAGUACUUCUACCUCACGCAGGACCUGGAGGUGUUCAGAGAAGGACGGGGCAGUGAGGUGGUGUGGGGCGUCGCUGAUUACUGGACUUCACGGGUAACAUGGGACCCUACUGAGCAGCAGUACCAUAUCAAAGGUGUGAUUCCUCCUGAUGAGUAUUACUUCACUGUUGACAACUCAGUGUUCACUAACGCUGUCGCCCAACGCAGUCUUCAGUUUGCCGUGGAGUUGUCCGGUCUGUUGGGGCACACGCCUCCUCCCGCUUGGCAGGACGUGGCUGAUAAGAUCAAAAUCCCCUUUGACCCCAAACUGAAGUAUCACCCAGAGUUUGAUGGCUACACGCAGGGAAGUGGAGUCAAGCAGGCAGAUGUAGUGUUGCUCGGUUACCCGCUGACCAUGACGAUGACCCCAGAGGUCAGACGCAACGACCUGGAAGCAUACGAGUCCGUCACUGAUCCGCUCGGACCGGCCAUGACGUGGGGCAUGUUUGCUUUGGGAUGGCUUGAGCUCGGAGAUGCUGAAAGAGCACAAAAGCUUCUGCAGAAAUGCUUCAAAAAUAUCCAGAAACCAUUUCAGGUGUGGAGUGAGUCGGCGGACGGCUCUGGGUGCGUGAACUUCCUCACCGGUAUGGGCGGCUUUCUUCAGGCGGUGCUGUUUGGCUUUACCGGCUUCAGGGUGCAGAAGCAGCAUCUUGCCUUCGCUCCGCUGCUGCCACGGGAAGUGGAUGCGCUCAGCGUGAGAGGUGUGAGUUACCUUGGCAACAAGAUGGACUGGUUGAUAAAGAGCGGCGAAGUGAGCGUCUCGGUGAGGAAGACUGGGAGUCAGUCCGCUCUUCAGAUUGUCCUGAACACUGGAAACACAAUCCCACUCGUUCCAGGACAGUCAGUGACGUUUCCGCGGCAGCCUGGUCAGAUCCGUCAAGUGAAUUGUGGUUCUUACUGCUGGCCUGUCUGAUGAUCCACAUUUCUGCUUCAUGCCUUUUAUAUUUCAGUAUAUUAUUUUACUGUAAUAAUGUUCUCUAAUAACGCCAAAUAUAUAAAUGAUGAAUUCAUGAACAUGAAUUACGGUAUACUCUGGAAACACUUUACAAAAGGAAUUAAAAAAGAAAGAAUGUA